ACGGCUGCUUGCGUCACCGCGGCGCAGCCGACGCGGGAAGCUGCGAGCUGUGGCGGUCGCGGGUCGCUCGGCCUGUAGUGCUCGUCCGCCGCGGGCUCCCCUGCCAGGUCUCCGCCCGUGCCUUAGCCCCUGCAGGCCCGGAAGGAAUCCGGCGUGGGUCGGGGAGGGCUUCCGCCAAGGCCGCCGCCCGCCCGGCAGCUCCCGCUCCGGCUGCGGCGUCCCGGCCGCGUCUCCCAGACGCUGAGGGUCGCUGGUCCUGGCGUCGCGCCUCGACCGCGUUCCUGCGGCUUCCCGGUUAAAGCUGGGGUGAGGACCCAGAGGCUUUUCUCUGUGUAGGUUAAAGAGACGUUUGCAAACAUGUCCCGCAUCGAAAAGAUGAGCAUUCUGGGCGUGCGGAGUUUUGGAAUAGAGGAUAAAGAUAAGCAAAUUAUCAGUUUCUUCACCCCGCUCACGAUUUUGGUUGGCCCCAAUGGGGCGGGGAAGACGACUAUCAUUGAAUGUCUGAAAUAUAUUUGUACUGGAGACUUCCCUCCUGGAACCAAAGGAAAUACGUUUGUUCAUGAUCCCAAGGUUGCUCAAGAAACAGAUGUGAGAGCCCAAAUCCGCCUGCAGUUUCGGGAUGUCAACGGAGAGCUUGUUGCUGUGCAGAGAUCCAUGGUGUGUUCUCAAAAGAGCAAGAAGACGGAGUUCAAAACCCUGGAAGGAGUCAUUACCAGGACCAAGCAUGGUGAGAAGGUGAGUCUGAGCUCUAAGUGUGCAGAGAUCGAUCGAGAAAUGAUAAGUUCUCUUGGCGUUUCCAAGUCUGUGUUGAACAAUGUCAUUUUCUGUCAUCAAGAAGACUCUAAUUGGCCCUUAAGUGAAGGAAAGGCUCUCAAGCAAAAAUUCGAUGAGAUUUUUUCUGCAACAAGAUACAUUAAAGCCUUAGAAACGCUUCGUCAGGUUCGUCAGACACAAGGUCAGAAAGUGAAGGAAUGUCAAACUGAACUAAAAUACCUGAAGCAAAAUAAGGAAAAAGCCUGUGAAAUCCGUGAUCAGAUUACUACUAAGGAAGCCCAGCUGACAUCUUCAAAGGAAAUUGUCAAAUCCUAUGAGAAUGAACUGGAACCACUGAAGAACCGUCUGAAAGAAAUUGAAAACAAUCUCUCCAAAAUAAUGAGACUUGACAAUGAAAUUAAAGCCUUGGAGAGCCGAAAGAAGCAAAUGCAGAAGGAUAACAGUGAACUGGAACAGAAAAUGGAAAAGGUUUUUCAAGGGACUGAUGACCAGCUAAAUGACUUGUAUCACAAUCACCAGAGAACAGUUAGAGAAAAAGAAAGGAGAUUAGUAGAUUGUCAGCGUGAACUAGAGAAAUUAAAUAAAGAGUCUAGACUUCUCAAUCAAGAAAAAUCAGAACUCCUUGUUGAACAGGGUCGUCUUCAGCUACAGGCAGAUCGCCAUCAGGAACAGAUCCGAGCUAGAGACUCAUUACUUCAGUCCUUGGCAGCACAGCUGGAAUUGGAUGGCUUUGAACGUGGACCCUUCAAUGAAAGACAAAUUAAAAAUUUUCACAAACUUGUGAGAGAGAGACAAGAAAAGGAAGCAGAGACUGCCAACCAGCUGAUGAAUGACUUUGCAGAAAAAGAGACUCUGAAACAGAAACAAAUAGAUGAGAUAAGAGAUAAAAAAACUGGAUUGGGAAGAAUAAUUGAACUAAAAUCAGAAAUCCUAAAUAAGAAGCAGAGUGAACUGAAGAAUGUGAAGUUUGAAUUACAGCAGUUGGAAGGAUCUUCAGACAGGAUUCUUGAACUGGAACAGGAGCUCAAAAAAGCUGAACGUGAAUUAAGCAAGGCUGAGAAAAACAGUAAUGUUGAAACCCUAAAAACAGAGGUAAUAAGUCUUCAAAAUGAGAAAACAGACCUAGACAGGAACCUGCGUAAACUGGACCAGGAAAUGGAGCAGUUAAAUCAUCAUACGACCACACGUACCCAAAUGGAGAUGCUGAACAAAGACAAAGUUGACAAAGAUGAACAAAUUAGAAAAAUAAAAUCUAGGCAUAGUGAUGAAUUAAUUUCACUGUUGGGGUAUUUUCCCAACAAAAAACAGCUUGAGGACUGGCUUCAUAGUAAAUCAAAAGAAAUUAAUCAGACCAGAGACAGACUUGCCAAAUUGAACAAGGAGCUAGCUUCGGCUGAGCAAAAUAAAAAUCAUAUCAACAAUGAGCUAAAAAGAAAGGAAGAGCAACUGUCAAGUUAUGAAGACAAGCUUUUUGAUGUUUGUGGAAGCCAAGAUUUUGAGAGUGAUUUAGAUAGGCUUAAAGAGGACAUUGAAAAAUCCUCAAAACAGCGAGCUAUGCUUGCUGGGGCCACAGCUGUUUACUCCCAGUUCAUUACUCAGCUGACAGAUGACAACCAGUCGUGUUGUCCCGUCUGUCAGAGAGUUUUUCAGACAGAGGCUGAAUUACAAGAAGUCAUCAGUGAUUUGCAAUCCAAACUGCGGCUUGCUCCAGAUAAACUCAAGUCAACAGAAUCAGAGCUAAAGAAGAAAGAAAAGCGGCGAGAUGAAAUGCUGGGACUUGUGCCCAUGAGGCAAAGCAUAGUAGAUUUGAAGGAGAAGGAAAUACCAGAAUUAAGAAAUAAACUACAGAAUGUCAAUAGAGAUAUACAACGCCUAAAGAAUGACAUAGAAGAACAGGAAACUCUCUUGGGUACAAUAAUGCCUGAAGAAGAAAGUGCUAAAGUAUGUCUGACAGAUGUUACAAUUAUGGAGAGACUCCAGAUGGAACUUAAAGAUGUUGAAAGAAAAAUCGCACAGCAAGCAGCUAAGCUACAUGGAAUAGACUUAGAUCGAACUGUUCAGCAGGUGAACCAGGAAAAACAAGAGAAACAGCACAAAUUAGAUACAGUGACCAGUAAGAUUGAAUUGAAUCGGAAGCUCAUUCAGGACCAGCAAGAACAGAUACAACACCUAAAAAGUAUAACAAAUGAGCUUAAAUCAGAGAAACUUCAGAUAUCCACUAAUCUGCAGCGUCGUCAGCAGCUGGAAGAGCAGACUGUGGAAUUGUCCAGUGAAGUUCAGUCUUUGUUCAGAGAGAUAAAGGAUGCUAAGGAGCAGGUAAACCCUUUGGAAACAACAUUGGAGAAAUUCCAGCAGGAAAAAGAAGAAUUAGUUAGCAAAAAACACACAAGCAACAAAAUAGCACAGGAUAAACUGAAUGACAUCAAAGAGAAGGUUAAGAAUAUUCAUGGUUAUAUGAAAGACAUUGAGAAUUACAUUCAGGACGGGAAAGAUGACUAUAAGAAGCAAAAAGAAGCUGAACUUAAUAAGGUUAUAGAUCAACUAAGUGAAUGUGAGAAACACAAAGAAAAGAUAAAUAAAGACAUGGGAAUUAUGAGACAAGAUAUUGACACACAGAAGAUACAGGAACGUUGGCUACAGGACAAUCUUACUUUAAGAAAAAGAAACGAGGAACUAAAAGAAGUUGAAGAAGAAAGAAAGCAACAUCUGAAGGAAAUGGGACAAAUGCAGGUUUUACAAAUGAAGAAUGAGCAUCAGAAGUUGGAGGAGAAUAUAGAAAACAUAAAAAGAAAUCACAGCCUGGCAAUAGGGCGGCAGAAGGGUUAUGAGGAAGAAAUUAUUCAUUUUAAGAAAGAACUUCGAGAACCUCAAUUUCGAGAUGCAGAGGAAAAAUAUAGAGAGAUGAUGAUUGUUAUGAGAACAACGGAGCUUGUGAACAAGGAUCUGGACAUUUAUUAUAAGACUCUGGACCAAGCAAUAAUGAAAUUUCACAGUAUGAAAAUGGAGGAGAUCAAUAAGAUUAUUCGUGAUCUUUGGCGAAGCACCUACCGCGGACAAGAUAUUGAAUAUAUAGAAAUUCGGUCUGAUGCUGAUGAAAACGUCUCAGCUUCGGAUAAAAGGCGGAAUUACAAUUACCGUGUGGUGAUGCUGAAGGGGGACACGGCCUUGGACAUGCGUGGACGAUGCAGUGCUGGGCAGAAGGUCUUAGCCUCACUCAUCAUUCGCCUGGCCCUGGCUGAAACCUUCUGCCUUAACUGCGGCAUUCUUGCUUUGGAUGAGCCCACGACAAAUCUGGACCGAGAGAACAUCGAGUCUCUGGCACAUGCACUGGUGGAAAUAAUAAAAAGUCGUUCACAGCAGCGAAACUUCCAGCUUCUGGUUAUCACUCAUGAUGAAGACUUCGUGGAGCUUCUAGGACGUUCUGAAUAUGUGGAGAAAUUCUACAGGAUCAAGAAGAACAUUGAUCAGUGCUCAGAGAUUGUCAAGUGCAGCGUGAACUCCCUGGGGUCUUACGUUCAUUAAAAUCACUCGGCAUGUAACUGCCAAAGAGCUGGGUCAGCAAUAAAACACACGAUGUAAAAGGCGCUUGUGUCUAGGAUUAUAGGUGUU